AUGGCAAGUGACAAGGAACACAACCCAACAGGCGCUGCCAUCAACAACGAUCAGGUCAAGGAGUUCAAGGAGGCUUUCAACCUGUUUGACCGUAAGGGCUCCGGCAACAUUGCCACCUCUUCCCUCGGAAACCUCCUCCGCUCCAUCGGCCAGAACCCCACCCAGUCCGAGAUCCAAGAGCUCGUCGCCCAAGCUGACCCCUCCUCGACGGGAGUUGUGUCGUUCGACUCGUUCACAAAGGUCGCCCUGCGCGCCGACGGAUUCAAGCCCGCAGGCACGCCCGACCAGCUGAUCGAAGGCUUCAAGGUCUUUGACACCCAGGACAACGGCACCAUCCCCGCCUCAGAGCUCCGUCACGUGUUGACGACUAUGGGAGAGGUGUUGAGCGCAGAGGAGAUCGAGGAGUUGAUGGCCGGCGCUCUUGUCGACAAGGACGGGCUUGUCAACUACGAGGUCUUUGUCCGCGACCUCUUGGCAUAA